AUGCCCGCCGCCAACGGAUCCUCGGGCUCCAGCUUCCUCUCGCCCAACCACCCCAUCAACCUGCGCAAGCAGGCCGCCCCCAAGCUCGACUCGUCCUUCUCCGUCCGCUCCUACAUCGGCGGCGCCAAUGCGCUCCUCGAAAAGGCCCAGGCCGCGGAUGCCCAGGGCCAGCUAGAGGUCGCCUUUGUCAACUACCUCAAGGCCGCCGGCGUCGCCUCGUUCAUCUCCAAGCACGAUGACUGGCCCAAGAUCCAAAAAGGCCGCGGCCCCGUCUACCAGGCCUACAACGAGCUGAUGCAGCAAGUGCCGGCUUUCAUCGACCGCACCAAGAGGAUCGAGGAGCAGCUGAGGAUGCGCGAGGAAAAGAAUGCGCUGCAACAGAGAGAGGCCCAGGCAAAGGAGCACGAGAACCGCGCCAAGGCCUCGGAGCGGGGCCAGCCUGGCAGCGGCGCAUACGACGGCCAGCCCGCAGCCGAGGCCGGUGGCAUGCCCACCGGGUCUCCGGCCCAGGAUGGCGGCCUCAAUGCCGCCGAGCGCGAGCAGGGCGGCGGGACCGAUGCGCCCACCGCGGCGGGGACAGAGGUGCUGGGCUCGCGCCACGGCGCCCACACGCGGAUGAGCGCAUCGCUGGCGGAGCGGCUGCAGGCAUUGAGGGGCGCCGGAGUCGACGGCGGCAUCGGCGGCACCGGCAACGGCGCACCCGAUGGCCGUGCGCGCUCCAGCUCGCUUUCGGAUGGCAGCAUCGGCGGCGCUAGUGUCGGCCAGCUCCCACGCACCGGCGACCUCGCCUCGCAGCUUGAGGCCCUCGCCGAGAGGGACGACCGCGGCAGCGACGACGAGCCAGAGCCUCCCGUUGCCAGGGACGGCUUCGCCUCGCCCACGCUGCCGCACGACGACAGCUUCUCGAUGCAUGCCGUCAGCAACGCCCUUCGCGGCCUCCAGUCCCACGACCGUGGGCAGCAGGCGCCGGCCGCCGAUGGAUCUGCCGCUCCAGACGGCGCACCGCACUUCCCGCACGUCCCGACUGCCUCCGAGUUCGAGAGCAGCUAUCCUACGCUCGACGCCUUUGAGCGCGGAGCUGCCGGCGACCACACGCCGACGGCCAACGGAGCGGCGCCGCGACUGGCAGCGGAGCACCAGGGCGACGGCGACGAUGAUGCUGGCCACAGCAUGUUUCCGGCCCGCCCGCGCACCCGCUCGUCGUCGUCGUCGUCGGCCGCCGCGGCUGCCCGGCGGCCCAGGGACGGCCUGCCCAACGCGGCGAGGAUGAGCCUGCAGUUCGAGCAGCGUGGCUCGGUCGCCUCACCCCCGGCCUCGCUGCGGCCGGGCGUCGCGCCCAAGCCGAGCAAGGCCGCCGCACCCUCGCCUGUCAAUGGCGCUGGCGGCGCAGGCGUCACGGGUGCGGCGGCGGCGUCGCUGAUUGUGGGACCGAAGCCGAGCGCGCCCCUGACCAACCACAUCACCGUCCAGGACCUCUUUGGCUUCCUCUAUCCGGGCUUCGAGGAGCUGACCGACGCCGACGGCAACAAGAAGAUCGGCAAGAGGCGCGGCAUGGACGUGCUGCUGCUCGACGUCCGCAGCCGCCAGGAGUGGGAGACGUGCCGCAUCAAGGGCGGCAGGGGCGUUUGCAUCGAGCCCAUCAUCCUGCGGGAAGGGAUGACGUCGGCGGAUCUCGAGGACAAGCUGCUGCUGUCGCCCGAAGACGAACAGGCCAGCUUUGCCGCGCGCAACGAGGUCGACCUCGUCGUCCUGUACGACGGCAACCUGCGCUCGCUCAAGCACGCGCCCGGGGCCCCCACGCCGCAGACGCAGGCCGAGGCGGCCGCGCGCCAGAGGAUGGAGAUUGUCAUCAAGGCCAUCUACGAGAACGAGUUCCGCAAGGUGCUCAAGCACCAGCCCGUGCUGCUCGUCGGCGGCCUCGAGUCGUGGCACAAGGCGCUGGGCGAAAAGGGCGUCAUCCGGGAGCGCGGGCCUGCCCCCGGCGCAUCGACCAGCGGCGGCGGGGGCGGGGGCGGCGUCGGGCGGCGGACGAGCAUCUCGUUCGAGGCCGGCACGCGCUUCCCGACGGCCGACAGUCCGAGUUCGCGCACCGCGGCGGCAGAGCAGGCCGCCCAGCAGGAGCUCAAGCGGUCCCGGCGGCAGCAGCAGAUCCUGCCAGACAGCAUCGCCUCGCCGCCGCUGGCGUCGUCGACGGUGCCGCGCAAGCCCGGGAUCCACCCGGGCUCCGUCUACCCGGGGUCGCCGGCCAGCUCGUCGAGCACGUCGUUCGGGUCCAUGUCCGGCUACGCCGCCGGCGGGGCGGGGGCGGCAGGUACCCCGGGCUCGUUUGCACCUCCGUCGAUUCCGCCGCGGACCUACCAGACGCCUGGCGGUCCUGCGGCCCUGACGGCAGGCGCACCCUCCUUCCCGCCCGCUGCGGCCGCGCGGCCCGGCGACUACUUCAGCGGCGCGCCCUCGGACCGGCAGCAGGGCAUCCCGCGCACCAACUCGAGCACGUUCGACUACCCGCAGCUGCGGCAGAACGGGCAGCCGUACGGCAUGCCGACGCCGCAGCCGCCGCCGGCCGCCGCGUCGUCCGCCGGGCCUCGUCAGACGUCGGCUCGGUGCCGGACUGCCGUCGGCCAGGACCUCGCUGCUGGAGCUUCGGCGACGGCGGCUCCCAGCUACGCCGGCUACCAGCCGACGCCGUCGCGCAUGUACAGCGGCAGCGGCACCACGGCGUCCAACGGCCGGUCGGCCGACGACGUCCGCAUCGGCCUGACGGGAUUGAAGAACCUUGGAAACUCGUGCUACAUGAACUCGACGCUGCAGUGCCUCAGCGCGACGAUCCCGCUGGCGCGCUUCCUGCUCGACGGCUCGUACAAGCGGGCGAUCAACAAGGUGAAUCCGCUGGGCACGCAGGGUGCGCUGGCCGAGGCGUUUGCGCAGCUGGUGCGCGUCAUGUGGUCGGAGCAGUACACGUUCGUGUCGCCGGUGACGUUCCGCGAGGCCAUUGCGCGGUUCGCGCCCGCCUUCCGCGGCUACGACCAGCACGACAGCCAGGAGUUUCUGGCGUUCCUGCUCGACGGGCUGCACGAGGACCUCAACUACGUGGUGCGCAAGCCGCCGCCCGUCGAGAUGACGCCGGAGCGCGAGACGGAGCUCGAGACGCUGCCGCAACAGAUUGCCAGCGUCAAGGAGUGGGGCAUCUACCGAAUGCGCAACGAUAGCCUCAUCGUCGACUGGUUCCAGGGCCAGUUUAGGAACAAGAUGACGUGCCUCACGUGCGGCAAGACGUCGACGACGUACAACGCGUUUAUGUACCUCUCGCUGCCGAUCCCGCACGGGCGUGGCAUCUCGAAGGUGACGCUGCAGCAGUGCCUGGACGCCUUUGUGCGCGAAGAGAUCCUGGACAAGGCGGAUGCGUGGAACUGCCCGCGGUGCAACAAGCCGCGCAAGGCGAGCAAGCGCCUCUCGAUUUCGCGGCUGCCCCAGGUGCUGCUGAUCCACCUGAAGCGGUUCAGCUUCAAGGGCCCGUUUACCGACAAGAUCGACACCACCGUCACGUUCCCGACGUCGGGGCUCGACCUGACAAACUACAUGCCGCCGCCGCUGCCGCCCGGUGCGGUGGGCAAGGGCGUGCCGACCAGCAUGAGCCAGCAGCCGCCGUACACCUACGACCUGUAUGGCGUCACGCAUCACUUUGGAAGCCUCAAUACCGGUCAUUACACGGCCACGAUCCGCAACCACGGAGACUGGUGGUACUGCGACGACAGCCGCAUCAGCAAGGGCGACGACCGACAGAUCCAUACCAACUCGCCCUACGUCCUCUGGUUCCGCCGUCGUCCCAACCACUAA